AGCCUAGUAUCAAAUCAAAGUUUUCGCAGAUGGCCACAGUUUGGUUGGAAUUUUAUAUUAAUCGGGUGCUAUACGGUGAUUUAAGAGAUUUUUCGCUAACCAAACUGGAAUCAUGGAAAAGUUCUACCAAAUCCUAGUGAUUUUCUAUUUGAUCUGCCUUUGUUGUGAGCCGAACGAUGGAGCUUGGAGUGCUCAAUGCUGGAAAAAGCAUAACACUGGAUCGAUACAAUUGCCGGAUGGUGAGUUUAGGCGACCUUUUGGAAUUUUAUGCAGCUUUCAGUGUUAUCUGUGGUUUCCCCCAAUGUACAACACUUGCGAGUUUAUUUUUGAUCUCAGGCUUUCAAGGCAUUUUACAAACUUGGAUGAUUGUGAUAUCGUAAGAUGCAAUGAAACUUUCCGGAUGCCAUGGGAUUCUUGGUUUACCUUUAAGAAAGAAGAUCAAAAUAAUGAUAGUAAAAAUAAUGAUAAUGAUGAUGAUGAUGAAUAAUCAAAACCUAAGGACUUUAAAUUACAAAUAAAUAUUUUUUAAGGUUCAUUUAAAAUCAUUACAUUUUGUAUGUCUUCAAAUAGAGUAUGUUGUAAGUACAAUUAUUAUUAUAGAA